CUGUGUGCUUUUGCACUGCUCCUCCCAGAGGCAGUUAGCUCCACCGCAAGGAAGAGGCAUGGGCAAAUGGCUGCCAAGGGUGGCUGAGCACUCAGAAGAAAAGUCUGUGUGCCUGUGUCGUGCUUGGUUAUAGAGGCUGACUUGGAUGUGGAUUAAUUCUAAAGAUUUUAAGGGAUACUUGGUGAAGCAUGGUGGCGCAUGAUGAGAUUGGAGGUCUCCUACCUAUUAAAAGGACUAUACGAGUCCUAGAUGUGAAUAAUCAGUCCUUCAGAGAACCAGAGGAACCAAGCAAUAAAAGAGUUCGACCUCUAGCUCGGGUCACAUCCUUGGCAAAUCUAAUCUCUCCUGUAAGAAAUGGAGCAGUCAGACGUUUUGGUCAAACACUACAGUCAUUUGCCCUUCGUGGUGACAACAGAUCUCCAGCUUCUGCCCAGAAGCUAUCAAGCAGAGCAACAGUUCCAACACCUGCCAAAAGGAGAAGUAGCGUGCUAUGGUCAGAAAUGUUAGACGACAAUACGAAGGAGUCUUUACCUGCCAAAGAAAUCAAACGUCAGGAGGCAAUAUAUGAAAUGUCCCGGGGUGAACAGGAUUUGAUUGAGGAUCUCAAGCUUGCAAGAAAGGCCUACCAUGACCCCAUGUUAAAGUUGUCUAUUAUGUCAGAAGAGGAACUAACACAAAUAUUUGGUGAUUUGGAUGCUUAUAUACCUCUGCAUGAAGAUUUGUUGGCAAGAUUAGGAGAAGCAACCAAACCUGAUGGAACAGUGGAGCAGAUUGGUCACAUUCUUGUGAACUGGUUGCCAGGCUUGAAUGCCUACAAAGGCUACUGUAGUAACCAGCUGGCAGCCAAAGCUCUUCUUGAUCAAAAGAAACAAGAUCCAAGGGUCCAAGACUUUCUCCAGCGAUGUCUUGAGUCUCCCUUCAGUCGAAAACUAGAUCUUUGGAGCUUCCUAGAUAUUCCUCGAAGUCGCCUAGUCAAAUACCCUUUACUAUUAAAGGAAAUUCUUAGACACACUCCAAAGGACCACCUUGAUUUUCAGCUUCUGGAAGAAGCUAUACUGAUAAUACAAGGUGUUCUCUCUGAUAUCAACUUGAAGAAAGGUGAAUCAGAAUGCCAAUAUUACAUUGACAAGUUGGAGUAUCUGGAUGAAAAGCAGAAGGAUCCUAGAAUUGAGGCAAGCAAAGUAUUGCUUUGCCAUGGGGAACUGAAGAACAAAAAUGGACAUAAACUUUACAUUUUCCUGUUUCAAGACAUCUUGGUGUUGACCCGGCCUGUUACACGAAAUGAACGUCACUCUUACCAGGUUUACCGGCAGCCAAUCCCAGUGCAGGAGCUGGUCUUAGAAGAUCUGCAAGAUGGAGAUGUGAGAAUGGGAGGGUCCUUUCGAGGGGCUUUCAGCAACUCAGAUAAAGCUAAAAAUAUUUUUAGAGUUCGCUUCCAAGAUCCCUCUCCAAGCCAAUCACACACUCUACAAGCAAAUGAUGUGUUCCACAAGCAGCAGUGGUUCAACUGCAUUCGUGCCGCUGUUGCCCGUUUCCAGCGGGACACCAGUUCAGCUGAGCUGCAGGGUCUGCCAGACCUCCAUGAGGAGUGUGAAGAGAACAGCCCCUCUGCUGUGAACAUCAGGGCCCAGCGAAGGGCAUCCACGGUGUCCAGUGUGACACAGGUUGAAGUUGAUGGAGAUGCUUCAGAAUAUGGCUCCCCAGUGCACACAGCAAACAACAUUAAGGGUGUCAAAGCACAGCGAACACAGCGUGGCUUCCGAAAAGCAAGGGACAAAGCCCAGUUCAGUGGCAAACGGAAAGAAACUUUGGUAUAACUGGCGGAGAAACUGUUUAUUUAUAAAUGUGUACAGUUUGUUUUUUCUUGUAAUGUGAGCAUGGAAGCAUUACAGGGUUACUUAAUACCAGUUUUAACAUUUUCGAUGUUUUUUGUUGGUUUGGUUGUUCCUUACUUUUCUAUUUUUUUUAAAGGCAGCUAAACAUAUAUAUAUAUAUAUACAGAUUGCUGUUAAACUGCAAUCCUUUUUUAUUCCUUGAGAUAUUUUCUCAGAUGGUUUAGAACAUUCAAGCCUGGUAUUUUUAAUCAAAUGAAGUAUUUAUGAAAUGGGGUUUCUCUUCAUUCUGCAUCAUGACUUUUCAAUACCAACCAAUUGUGAUAUUUACAUUAUUUGCCAAAACUUAAAGUUUUGCAAAGACUGGAAUUUUACCCAUGUUUCUUUGAUAAAUUUUGUGUGCAAAAUUUGAAAUCUUAACCUUGGCACCUAAAAUUUACAUGGAAUACAUGUAAUAUAUCAGAAUGUACAUUGAAACAAAAGUUCCUUGGAAAACAAACCGUGAAACUUAAUAGGUUUCCCAUUUUAUCAACUGGAAUGCUUUAUAUUAGUUUGUUUUUUAUUACACAUUCCUCUUUUUUCAUUCAUUUUGCCUGCCAGUUAUUUAAUUUUUUAUUGUAGUUUUUAGUGUUUGCUUUUAUUUUUUUACUUUGAUGCCUUUCAAAUUGGCAUGUCUUUAAAAUAUUUUUCUUCCUUGAUUAAAAAAUGUGUGUGUUUGUGUGUAUAUAUAUAAAUAUAUAUAUUUUAAAUCAUAUUAACUUUACCGAGUGAAACCAAGCCAUACUGUUUUUGAGCCAAUUAAGAAAAUUGCCAUUUUUAAAGUGUAGUUCAUCUCGGUAAUGAACACACAUGAACUGACUCAGCAUAUUAUGAACUACUGAAGGGAAACGACCUUAAGGAUUUUGUUGAAAGUUUUAGUGCUACCUGAAGAGCAAGAGAGAAGGCAGUUGACUGGUAAUAAGUUUUGGGGUUUUCUUAACAAAAAAAAAAAAGAGGGAAAAAGAGAGUAGCUUUGUCUUAAAGGAAAAAUGUCUGGUUGUGCCAGAAUGUGAAAGCAGAUAGUAAAAGCUAAACUUGAGGGUGUGUAGUAAGUCGUAGAAGGCUUGGGGGAAGUGAACUUUAUUUGCUUUGGUUUACAAUGCCUGCAAAUAAUGGCUUUGAAAAGACAAUGAAAUAUGUUGGAAUUUUGACAAUAACAGGUCAGUUGUGGUGGAUUUAUUCAUGAGGAAAAAUCUGAUUAAUCUUUUACAGUGUGAAGUGUACCUGGUCAAACGAGAUCCCAGUCUUUAAGGGGGGACUGAAAGCUCUGUGUCGUGGCAGGUCAACGAUGAUCAAAUUGAGCAAGUGUUGACUAUUAUGUGGAAGGGAAAUUUGAAAAAUAUUGUAAAUAGAUCAAUCCAAAUGAUUUCUCUGUAUAAAUGAAUUAUACAAUUAAAAAAAAGCACACACAUAAUCA